AUAAACUGCUGAACUGAAAGUUGGGUUAUACCUCUUCAACCAAGUCCAAGUUGCUCAAGUUUGCAAGAAAGUUUUCUCCAUCCAUUAUGGUUAUAAACCUACAGCAGUGAGGGCUUCAGCCCCUAUCUGGGAGUUCAACCUGUGGUAGCCUGAGCCUGUUUGUCUGGAUUCCACGGUGCAGCUGACAACCACAACAGCCAUUUGGUUCGAAAGCAGAGAAGAAUGGAUCCAUUAGUCAGGGUGCAGGCCGGCACCUCCCCCAACCGCUCACAAGGAGUUGAAAAGCCACGGCGAGUGAAAGGAUGGUUCUUCUUCUUCUUCCUCCUGCUGGGUGGACUCGGUAAGGGGGCCAGGCAAGGCAAUCCAGGUGAUCCAGAACACGAGCACACCUGCUCUCAUAUGCGCAACAUUGACUCGGUUACAGAUUUUGUACCACACAUGGAAAGAUGCUCUUUGCAGUGUGUUCCAAAUGAACUGAUGAAUAAAACAACAAGAGAAAAUGACACUACUGUGAUGAGACAACAGGAAAAGGACAAUUCAGAAAGCACUGAACAACAUGUCCGUCGAGGUCUUACCCAGACAAAAAGGGAAGUGGAUCCCAUUGCAUUUGAUGUUUAUCCAAACUUCUAUGCUAAAGGAAAACGGGGGUGGGCCGCACAUACUACAGAGCUAGCACAGCUUUCGCCAAAAUUAAUGAAAGUUCAGUCCACUCCACAUACUCCAUUGGCUGAGACCACAGAAUCUCAGAAAAAAUGGAUGGAAGAGAGAUUAUGUAGUGAUUCUUAUGAAGAAGAAGUGACCCAGAGGAAGGAAAAUUUUGUAAACUUUCAACAGUCUUUUAGUGAAGUUUACAGAUUUAGGAAUCUGCUGAAACUGGGCGAAUCCGUUUGUAAAGUCAUUGUUGAGGAUGUUGGUCAGGGAACAGGCUUUGUGCUGUUUGAUAACUUUAUUCUGACCAAUGCACAUUUAUUUAAAGGUCAUGUUGAUGAAGCAAAGUUGCAGGUGGAUGUAGAUGUGUGGAUUCGAUUUAACUAUGAUGAUCCUGAUCCCUACUUACUAAAUCUUAAGCUGUUCAGUUGUAAGAAAACAUUCAUUGACUUUGAUGCUGUGCAAGAUUAUGCCAUACUGGAGCUCAAUCUUGAGGACCAGAACCUCAACAAAAAUAUAGAAGCAGAGGAAAUAAAGGUUCCACCAGGGCUCCUGAGGAACUUUGGUCCAGUGCCUCUGAACGGUAAAGCCUAUAUUAUUGGUCACCCAACAGGAGGAGUGAAAAAAAUGGAUGUUACACGUAUCAUUGAGGAAGAGGACAGGUUACAGGCUGUCAAUGAUCAUUUACGUCCAUACAAAGACCAUCUGUUCACUGUCCACUCCAUCAUUCAGGUGAUCACAGAUCAAGGUAUUGAACACAUAUUGUCCGGUGGAGUUCUAGCAGAAAAAGUAGUGACCUACAAAACCUUUAUGUAUCGCGGCUCCUCUGGUUCCCCAGUGUUUGAUGCUUUUGGCCGAGUGUUUGGUUUGCAUAGUCUUCUAUUUGCUUAUAAGGUUGGAGACCAGCCACACAUCGUCAUGGGAUGUGCCUAUCCUCUGCAUAUUAUGUUUAAACAGUUUGUAAUCAAGCUGAAGGAAAGUGGAAAUUAUGAACUGUUGAGCAGAGUUGAGGAAGAAGCAAAAGGAAAUAAAUUCCUAGAAAUGAUAUCUCCUCCAACUCCAUACAGUGAAUAUUUUAGAGUUCGCCGGUUCUCUUCUGACUAUACUUCAAAAGUUUGUGAGAAUUCUGAAGGAAAAGAGGAUUGUUGAGGAACUGUUGAAGAUAGAUGAGGAGAACACAUUUAAGCAAUACCUUAAAAUCUUAUUUUCAUAUCUAAUAUUUGUAUUAUUUUCCCCCUUGAUUUUAAGAUAAGCGUUUUGAUGUUUCAAUCAAAUAAUUCUAAUGUUAAUUGGAGAAUUUGGGAAUUAAUCAAGAGAGUAACAAAUAAUUGUCAGUGUGUUAGUAUUUGCAGUUCAUAAGUCAGUUCUUAAUUUAACCGUUAUGUUCUAUGACGUUGCACAAGAUUUAAGAAGACAGAACAGAGACUAAUGUC